CGGGCGGGAGCGGCAGCCCCCAGCAACCUAGAUACCUAGGCGAAACUCUAUCUCCCCCUCCAUCAACCUUAUCCAUCGCCAUACCUCAUAGAUAAAUACAUAAACCUCACCGUCCCUCCCCACACCACCACCCCCUCCCCCUCCACCACAAUCACGCCCAUUACCACAGUCAGAAUGCUCCUCCCAACCCUCCUCCCCGACCCCCCGGUAGCAACCCCCGAAGUCCUCUCACUGCUCUUCGAGCCCUCACCAGCGCUGCACGCGCUCAUCGCCUCCGCCAUUUCCACUUCCACCCCAUCCCUAGCACUAGCAGGACGAGCACACCCAGCCCUCCACGCGCUCAUCAGCACUCCCACUUCCAUAUCACCAUCACCAGCGGAAUUCCUCACAUACGCCGACCUGAUCGAGUGGACCACGUCACAGAUCCUCUCGCUGCGCCGCGACGAUCCGCGCUUACUGGAGAUCCUCGCGUCACAUCCUAGGCUCGGCGAGAAGAAGGUCGAUAGCGAGGUUUCGCGGAAGGAGCAGGCGUCGCUAAGUGGUGGGGAUAAGGAGGACGAGGGGGUGCGCUUAAGCGCAUUGAAUAAGCGCUAUGAGGAGACGUUUCCAGGAUUGAGAUUCGUCGUCUUUGUCAAUUCCCGGUCCCGCGACGAGGUAAUGGCAGACAUGGUUGCCCGCAUCGAGCGCGGCGACAUCGAGUUGGAGAAAGUAGAGGCUAUUACUGCCAUGCGCGAUAUCGCAUUAGAUCGUGCGGCGAAAUUUACGGUUGCUUUAUAAGGCAGGACAAGAAAUGCAAGGUAAGAAAGGCAAGAAAGGAAGGAAGGAAACAUGCAGCAGAAAAUGAAAUGACAAGACAAGAAAUACCACCCCUCCCAUGAUGUACCGUGCCGAACCCCGUAGCAAAUGCAUAUUUCCGCUCCCCACCCCCGAUUGAUUUCCCCGGAAUAAAAGAAAAUGACGAGAGAGAGGGACAAAGGAGAGGGACAAAGGAGAGGAAAAAGGAAGGAAAAGAGAAAGCGGGGUGGCAGUGGCAGUGGAAGUGGCCAGUUCAGUUCGUCAUAGUUGGAGCUGAGAAUUUAGCCCCCUCGACUCCUCCUUGCUUCUCCCGGUGUCGGUUGAAAAUAACACAGAACACGGCAGAUGCUUCCACCACUAAUGCAGCAGCGACGACUCAGCAACAGCCAAUAUCCAACCCCAAGCCCAACCCCAAGCCCAACCCCAAGCCCA